AUGUUUGCUGCACUAAAGGAUGGUGACAUGUCCGAGGUCGAAGACGCAGAGGAUGACGUGGAUGACAUGGUUGAGGCUCUGGAAGACGUUUGUGACAAUGAGUGUGAUGCACUAGAGGAGCUCUCGGCUGCCUCCAGCGAUGAAGAAGUUGACAAAGAAACACCGGAGGACAGGUCGUGGUCCAGGAGAGCUUUCAAUAAGCUAGCAGCCACGUAUCAACCUCAAUCAUCUGGUGACGAGAAUGAGAAUAAUCUUGAUGGUCUACCGACCCCAUAUGAGUAUUUUUCUCGGUACGUGCCGAAGAGUGUGUUUGUUGAUCUUGCCGAGAAAACAAACAUGUAUUCUGUUUCUCAAGAGGGAAAAUCUGUUGAAACAAAUGAAGAAGAAGUCAGAAAGCUGGUUUCACUGCAUCUAGCGAUGGGUGUCUUUCGUUACCCACGGCUGCGCAUGUACUGGAAGCCGUCACUCAAAACUGAGCUUUUCUCAACUGCGAACAUGUCACGAAACCGGUUCGAGAAGCUCAGAAACUGCUUACACAUUGUUGAUGUGAACGGAGACCACAACAGCAAUGAUCGUCUCUGGAAGGUCAGGACACUUUUGGACGCAUUUCGUGAAAGAUGUCUAAACCUGACUUUAGAGGAGCAUCUUUGCAUCGACGAGCAAAUUAUCCCGUUCAAAGGACAGCUAGACAUAAAACAGUACAUCAAAGGGAAACCAAAUCCGUGGGGAGUGAAAGUUUUCAUGUUGUGCGGUGCCUCGGGAAUUAUCUACGACUUCCUCGUUUAUCAAGGCUCAACCACUGAACUUGUUCCAGCAGACAAAAAGGACUUCGGAGUGACCGGAGCGUUCGUCCUCCAUCUUGCGAGGCAAAUACCGGAUGGUACUGGCCACAAGCUUUUUUUUGACAAUUAUUUUACGUCCUUGCCAGUUUUGCGGGUGCUUCGUGACAAAACUAUAUAUGCUGCUGGAACAAUCCGAUCAAACCGGACCGAGAAAUGUCCAUUGAAGCCAGAAGGCCAAAUGAAGGAGGGAAGGGGGUCCUCUGACUGCCUGGUAAGCAGCGAUGAGAAAAUCAUCAUCACGAGAUGGCUGGACAACAGAGCGGUGACCCUAGCCUCAAAUUUCCUCGGCAUUGAUGACGAGGAUGAGGUGUCACGAUGGAGCAAAGCAGACGGGAAAUAUGUAAAUGUGAAACGUCCCGCCGUUGUCCGCGAGUACAACCGAAGUAUGGGAGGCGUAGACAAGACAGACUUUCUGAUAAGCCUCUACCGAACAUUCAUUCGCAGCCGAAAAUGGACACUGCGUGUUAUCACGCAUUUUAUGAACCUGUCCGUGACUAACUCCUGGCUCGAGUACAGGCGUGACGCUGAAGUUCAAGGGCUAAGGGAGAAGAUGGAUUUGCUCGAAUUUACUCUAAGUGUCGUGGAAAGUCUAGCAAAAGCUGGUUCUCCUGAUCUGCCACGCAAACGUGGAAGGCCAUCCUCCUCUCCCCUGCAGCCACUCAAAAGGCAAAAUUGCACAUCCCAGCGACCAGUGUACGACGUGAGAUAUGAUCAAGUCGGGCGCUGGCCGCUCAUGGCCGAAGACCAACAGCGAUGCAAAUUGGAAGGAUGCAAAGGAAAGCCAAAAACCAAGUGUGAAAAGUGCAACGUCCACUUGUGCAUAUCAAGCACAAAGAACUAUUUCAAAACGUUUCACACGCACUAA